UCGAAGCAUGUGAGCAUUCCAUAAAGAAAGGCAGGCACCUCACCAACCACCUACUUUCUUCGGUUGAUAUAUAGACCCACCCCUUUUGUUCUACCAACCAACGUUCAUUUCCUCUACUGAUUUCAAUCUCUGCACAAAAACCCUUCACUGCUGUGGUUUGUCUUUUCUACAAGCUAAAGUGUAUUUAAAUGGCACAAGAACCCGUAAAUCCAGAAGAGGUUGUUUUGGCAGAAGAAGUAAACCAUGUAAGGUUGAUCACCUUAAACCGGCCUCGCCAAUUGAAUGUCAUUUCAUCCAAAGUGGUUGUUUUGCUAGCUGAAUUCCUUGAAAAAUGGGAGAAGGAUGAUGAUGCGGAGCUUGUGAUAAUCAAGGCUACUGGACGUGCUUUCUCUGCUGGUGGGGAUCUAAAGAUGUUCUAUGAUGGGAGGUCAGAUGAUUCCUGUCUCGAAGUUGUGUAUAGAAUGUAUUGGCUAUGUUAUCACAUUCAUACAUAUAGGAAAACACAGGUAGCGCUUGUUCAUGGACUUGUCAUGGGUGGAGGUGCAUCACUGACUGCUCCAUUAAAAUUCUCAGCCGUCACUGAGAAGACUGUUUUUGCUGUUCCUGAAGCAAGUAUUGGAUUUCACACUGAUUGCGGCUUUUCAUACAUUCUCUCACGCCUUCCUGGACAUUUAGGGGAGUACUUGGCCUUAACUGGUGCAAGGCUGAAUGGGAAAGAAAUGAUUGCGGCCGGUCUCGCAACCCAUUUUGUCCCGUCUGAGAAAUUGGCUGAGCUCGAGAAGCAUUUAAUAAGCUUAAACUCCGGGGAUGAGCAUGCAGUCAAAUCGGUUAUUGAGGAAUUCUCUGUGGAUGUUCAACCUGAUGAAGAUAGUAUUUUGAACAAGCAAUCAACAAUCAACCAGUGCUUUGACAAGGAAUCAGUGGAAGAGAUUAUAGAAUCCUUCGAAGCUGAGGCAAGCAAGGAGGGCAAUGGAUGGAUAACUGCUGUGCUCAAGAGCUUGAAAAGAUCAUCACCCACUGGACUGAAGAUAACACUAAGAUCGAUUCGCGAAGGACGGAAACAAACUCUGCCCGAUUGCCUGAAGAAGGAAUUCAGACUUACGAUGAACAUACUGAGAUCGGUGAUCUCUGGUGAUGUCUAUGAGGGUAUUCGAGCUCUAAGUAUUGAUAAAGACCAAUCUCCAAAGUGGGACCCACCAGCACUUGAGAAAGUGAGCAGUGAGAAAAUAGACGUGGUUUUCCAACCAUUCAAGGAGGAACUGGAACUCCAGAUUCCGGCUGAGGGAGAAGCAUGCCGGUGGGAUGGGAAAUUUGAGAACUCAGCAUAUCAAAGCUGAAGAUUUGCACUUGCAUUUUGAUUAUGUUAGUGGUUUACUGUUAUGUGCUAUAUCAGCUGCUGUUGAGAUGCAUCUUCUCCUGUUGCAUGUUUUUCAAUGGUUAAUAACAGUGUUAGUCUAUCAUUUGUAAUCUGUAUUAGCCACGACCUUUGAGUUUUAUGAAGUGAGGAAUAUCUAAUAAGAUGCGUCCUUUUCCAUUC